UUUCCUCCAGAUUUCUCUUCAGACCUCAAAGGAAAAACUAUCAGGCAGAGGAAGGGAGAGAGGGAGAAGGGAAAGUGAGGAGGGGAGAGAGAGAAAGAGGAAAGAUGGCUAGUGAGUUCAAAAAGAAAAUGUUCUGGAGGGCAGUGGUGGCUGAGUUCCUUGCCAUGAGCCUCUUUAUUUUUAUCAGCAUUGGCUCGGCUCUGGGCUUCAGCUUCCCCGUGGUGGGCAACAAAACAUCCACGAGGUCCCAGGACAACGUGAAGGUCUCGCUGGCUUUUGGGUUAUCCAUCGCUACCAUGGCCCAGAGCGUGGGCCACAUCAGCGGGGCCCACCUGAACCCGGCUGUGACCCUGGGGCUGCUGCUCAGCUGCCAGAUCAGCAUCUUCAAGGCGCUCAUGUACAUCCUUGCCCAGUGCCUGGGGGCAGUGGUGGCCACGGCAAUUCUGUCAGGAGUCACCUCCUCUCUCCCAAACAACCUCCUGGGGCUCAAUGCGCUCUCAGAGGGAAUCAAUGCAGGCCAAGGACUGGGGAUCGAAAUCAUUGCCACCUUCCAGCUGGUGUUGUGUGUCCUGGCCACCACGGACCGGAGAAGGAACGAUGUCUCGGGAUCUGCACCCUUGGCCAUCGGUCUCUCUGUUGCCUUGGGGCACCUGCUUGCUAUCGACUACACCGGCUGUGGAAUUAACCCGGCCAGAUCCUUUGGCUCGGCACUGAUCGCCAACAACUUCGAAAAUCACUGGAUCUUCUGGGUUGGCCCAAUCAUUGGAGGAGCAAGUGCUGCCCUGAUCUACGACUUCAUCCUGGCUCCCAGGACCAGCGACCUGACCGACCGCAUGAAGGUGUGGACCAGUGGCCAGGUGGAAGAGUAUGACCUGGAAGGAGAUGACAUGAACUCCCGUGUGGAAAUGAAGCCGAAAUAAAGGAGGACAAGGAAGGGGAAACAAAAAAAAGAAAACAAAAAAAAAAAAAGAAAAAAAAGCAGCACAUUGGUUUCCGAAGAUUUUAUCAGUGUUAUAGACUCUUUGUAAACCAGCAAGCAGUACUUCGUUUUUUUUAAUUCAAUAUGGUUUUCCCUUUUAUGCCCCCAAUCCUAAUAAUGUUGUUUUGUUUUUUUUUUUAUAUCUGUGGUUUGUCAAUUAUAGAGUCUUCGGGCCAAGAAGUCAUUUUUAGACACCUUUGCAUGAGCUAAAUAAAUUGGGCUGAAAUUUAGCCCCUCCCUUGCUAGCACCAAAUUUUCUGGUGUAUUUAGCAUGGGCAGUUCUCCCACCACAUCACUCAGUAAUGAUAAGUAGUUCAAAUGACCAGUCUGUUUGCUGAAAGAAUAGAUAUUGAGGACAGAGAACCAUCAUAACAUGGGACUUACAUCUGAAAAAAAGCAUUUAUACAAAAAUGCAAGGCUGGUGUCUAAUGCCAGCAAUGCAUGGGAAAACCUAUCUCAAAUCAUUGUCCAAAAGUCUCUUUUGGAAUGAAAGGCCACUAAAAAUUACUUGUUAUGUAGAAUUAACCAUAAUUUUGUAAAUGCUUGACCUUCUCUGAGAAGGAGGGCCAGAAAAGUUUAGCAGGGUAAAAAUUUCCAGAGUCUCGGAAUCCUUUAGACUUUCCAGUGUUUCAGUCUCCCUGAACCUGCAUCCAGCUCAUGGUGAGGGGAGAGAAUGUGGGACAAAAAAAAUGUACAGAUAUAUUAAUUCCUGGGAAGUAAUAACUAGAAGUCAAAUAGGAGAGUAGUAAUGACAAUGGCCACAAGAACAACAUGGUGCCAGUGUGUGAACAGGAUCUGAUUGUUCCUGUGACUACUCUGCUUGUGUUCAUCUUAUGUAAUUUAUCUGCAUGUUUUAUAGCAAAACAAGGAGAAAAGGAGUCCCCUUUCUUUGUGACCCCAUUCCAAUAGCCAGCGCUGUGACCUUCAGGGACAACAAAUAGAUGUACACACAAUCUAUUUUCUAAUGAGGGACAAAUACAUACCUGUGUGUAAGUCCAUUUUGGGGGUCAUUGCUUUGUUUUUUAUAUAUAUAUAUAAAUGUUUAUAUAUAUGUUUUAUACAGAAAGCCUAGUAUACUGUUUUGUAAGAAAACAAGAGCAUAAAGACAAGUGGAAAGAAAAGAAUUGCAGCAGUGCUUAGCAAAAUAAAUGACACUGGAAACGUGGAGAAAAUCAACACUUUAAAUGAUCUGAAAGACUAUUUUCUGUUUUUGGUUUUGUGUGUGUGCUACUUAUGAUUUCCUGAGUAACCCAAAGCAUUAGCUGGUCUUACCUACUAACUGUAGAAUAUAGUUAAAGCAGAUACAUGCUGAUAUACUUGUUCUGCACUAAACAGUUUUCCAUAAGAAAUGAGGCCCAGGGGAAUCUAAAUAAAAAUCAGCACAGUCCACCAUUUAGACAAACACCCCAGGGGCAGUGGGAGGGAUGUCUCCUCUUAAAGAGACAGUGAGGCAUGGGAAUUGAGAGAGGAUUGACACAGAAAUCCAUAUGGGUUGGAUCAUUUCAUCAACUUGAGCAGAUGUGCAAUGAAAAAAAAUAA